AUGAGUGCCCCAACAACAAGCUGCAGGAACCAUCAGGUGGAACCUCACGGCCAUGAUGAUGAUCAUCAUCAAAAUCAUCAUCAUCGCCAUGACCACCACCAUGGCCAUGAUGUCUUUGCUGACAAAUCCCACUGCUACGAUACUCCCGAGCAUGAGUUGCGCGUCCAGGGCAUUGCUGCUGCGAUUGUCAAACACGCACCCAACAGCCUCAACAAGAACACCAAGCUGAUGGAUUUUGGUGCCGGAACGGGUCUCUUAACCAAGUAUCUGGCGCCUCAUGUGGGUCACGUCACCGCCGUGGACGUCUCUCCUUCCAUGCUGGAACAAUUCCGAUCCAAGGCGUUUGCAAAACAAUUUGCCAAAUGCACGGCACCAGGCGGCUUUCUUGCUCUGGCGGAUCUAGACAGAACAAAGGGCGACUUUCGCCAUAAUCACCACCACCAGGAAGGAGGAAUGGUCCAUCGUGGCAUUGAGCGAUCGGAGCUCGAGGCGUAUGCCUCUCAAGCUGGAUUUGUGGGUAUAUCCUUCCAUACUGUAGCUGUCGACGAGGAAAAGGACGGAGACUACCCAAUCUUUCUCAUGACUGCCAAAAAGUCAACUUAG